AUGGCAAAGGAAGUAGUAGAGUUGAAUCACAAUUAUUAUUCUCUUCGUACGAAGGUCGACAUCAUUGUUGAUGCUGUUACCAAGGUGAUUGAGUGUUAUACUUCUUUGGCUCCUAAAAUAGAGAAGAAGGCUGAGGUUGAUGUUCAAGCUUUUGAGAAGAUGGAUAAGUUGUUAACUGAUUUGAAAGAUUUAGUUUCAAAGUCUUCUUCAUCUUCGUUGUUAACUCCGGAAUUCUUAACUCAAAAGUUUCGUCUAUUGGAAUCUUCAAUUCACAAUGAAUUGGCCCCAAUUGCGAAGCUUGCUAACUUGAUGCCAACGGAUGCUCCACCUGUUUCCACAGAGGUGCAAGAGGGAGAAAGGAAAAGUGUUGGCAUGAGUUCAAGAACUGUUAAAGGAGAAGGUGCUUCUGGGAAAACUGAAGGAGAUGCGAAAGUUGUUGGUAUAGUCAAGUCCAAUCAGAUUCCUCUUCGAUGCCUAAGAGUUAUGAUCCAAUAA